AUGGCGGUCUGUGGCACCCAGGCCGAGGCGGCGGCGGCCAAUCAGCUCGUCCUCCUCCACGUGGGCAACCUCGGUAGGACCAAGCACGACCAGCCCAGCGACGCGGACAGCGAGGUCAGCUUCAUCGGUGACCCCGGCGAGAGCGAGGAGGGCAGCCAGAAGGGCGACGACGCCGAGGACGACGUCGAGGAGCUGAACAACGGCGAACCGACGGUUUACCACCGGGGGAUUCCCCACCAUGGGGUGGUGAAUCGCCUGCGCUGCGACCCGGCCGCGACGGUAGGGGGAGGGUCGAGUUCGGCGCUUGUGGCGGUCUGGUCCGACACAGGUCGCGUGCAGGUUUUCGACCUCGACAGCGACCGCCGCGCCCUGACGGACUUCGCAAACUGGUCGAAGGAGCGGGCGCGGCGGGCGGGCCCCGCCAGCCUCCGCUUUUCCACCCCCUCGUCUACCCAUCAAGUGGAGGGCUUCGGCCUGGGUUGGAGCGCUGUUCGGGCGCAUGUUUUCGCUUCGGGGGAUGUCGCCGGGGCCCUUUAUGUUUGGCACCCCACCGAGGACGGGCGCUGGCAAAACGUUGCGAGCAACAUGACGGGAAUGAACUCCAUUGAGGAGGUGCAGUGGAGCCCCACGCAGGCGGAGGUCCUCAUCACGGCGCGCGCCGGCGGCGAUGUGGAGGUGUGGGAUGUGCGGGAUCUGCGCGGGAGCCAGCUUCAUUGGCAGGCCGACCCGACUGAUAUCAACGUCGCGGAUUGGAAUCCGGCCCGGCAGGCCUCACAUCUGUUAGUGACCGGUGCCGACAGCGGCGCGGUCGCAAUUUGGGAUCUAAGGAGGCUAACCCCGGCAGAUCCGAUUCAGCGGCUAUCCUGGCAUAAAAAGAGUAUCACAUCUGUGGAAUUCUCACACCACAACGAAAGCGUCCUCGCGGUCACUAGCGACGACGGGCAGUGUACGCUGUGGGAUCUUAGCCUGGAACGUGAUUUAAGUGAAGAGCAAGGCGCCAUCGGCGAUUGCUUUGGCCGCAAGGACCUCACGGAUAUUCCAGAUCAACUCAUGUUUCAACACCAGGGCCUUAUACACCCUAAGGAGGUCCAUUGGCACUCCCAGAUUCCCGGCAUGGUGAUCACCACGGAUUACGAGGGUCUUCACUUGUUCAAACCUAUGAACUGGCGCUCCUUGAUGAAGUAA